UUACGCGUGUAGCUUUCCGUCCUGAUUAAAGUAAAGUGUGCGUUGCCCUUGUGAUCUGUCAGAAAGGGAACGCGUUGCGGACAGGUCCAGAGGAUAAGCGCUGCAGAGAGGAGAGGAGAGUUUCUCCGGACCGGACUGUCACGAUCCCCAGACAUAUGCAGUGUCCACCCUGCCUCCUCUGCGUGUUCCCGGCAUUUGGACCUGCGUUCUCCUUGAAUGACCUACACUCCACCUACAGUACAAGCAACGCACUUAGGUUGCUGAACACGUGCUGGUUUGGAGCCACCUUGUGCGUCUUAAUACACAACAAGUUAAAGCGAGUCUGCUGCAUGUUUCAGGCCGACUCUGGAGCAGCUGACCUGGGCAACAAACCAAGACCAACUGCGUCAGAAGGAGCGGACUGGACGUUACAGCUGACAGAUUCAAUGUUUGGACCUGCUCAUUAAAGAACCCCUCACUACAGGAUUUUUUGCGGUUUCUGGCGAUCACAUGAUGUACACAAUCACUAGAGGUCCCAGCAAACUCGUUACGCAGCGGAGGACAGGUCCUACACAACAGGUCGAGAGCAAAUUCAGCGACUUAAAACUCAAACCGACGUCUUGGCUCACCUCAAACUCUCCGCCCCCAAAGAUCGUGUUCAACCGUCUCAAUGGGAAGCGCCACAACGGUUCAGCCAUGCAGAAGACCCAGACCCCGGCGGAGGGAUUCACUCCUGCACACGAGGAGAACGUCAGAUUUGUCUAUGAAGUAUGGCAGGAGGUGGAGCAGAAGCUGGAAGACAGAGGGGAUUCAGCUGACAGUCAGGGGCCCGUUCAGUACACAGAGAAGACCCCCAGUGCAGUGAUGAAGAAUUUUGUGCCAAUAGACCUGGAGGAGUGGUGGGCUCAGCGCUUCCUCGCCAACAUUGCCAACCUGUCGUGACUGUGUGAGGCUGAGCCAGGACUGGAAGUCCACAGCUGCGACUAUUGGUGAACCAUCACAAGGGUGGACAGGAGGCGAGCUUGUCUCGGGGAUCUGCAGCGCUGGGCGGAACUUGGAAUCUGAUUUGAUGCCAUGCGCUUGGUGCUGGUGUAAAGAAACCUGGGUGCACAACGCAGAACAGUUCUGCCUCUCAAAAGUGCAACAACAGUGGCCUGACUGAAAACUCUUGAUAGCAUUGACUUUAUGUUGCGCUGCAUUUAAGGGCCCAUCUGUCUACUUGAAUGAUGAAUGAGAAGCUUGUCUCCUUUUCGUAAGCGUGCUCAGCUCUAUGUACAUCUAGGCUGAUGUUUGAGUAUGAAGCUGAUGACGAGUAAAACAAUAAAUUGUUUUUCAAAAAG